GCGGAAGUGUUGUCGGUGGAGAGGUCGUGUGAGAGAAGCUCUUGCACUCGCUUUGUUUCGCUGUUUUCCUCACUUAAGGUAAGUGAUUGUCUUUUAUAUGAAUAUAUGAAGGCGAGGGUUGUUAUAAGGCAGUAUGCACAGCGAGAUUCAAGCAAAUUCUGCCAUCGUUCAGCUCGAUGAUUCAGAAACGUAACUCUUUAAAUUCCAGAGAGUGCCAAUUACAAAACUACGAAAACAUAAACAAGACAAUCGUUAGAGAUACUGCUCACCUCAACAGUUUAACCGAAUAGAGUCGAAACAUGUCAGUAUUCAUAUUAAAGUGAAUGGGGAUGUUCGGAAAUCUUAGCCUCAUUCUUUUUACAUUCAAGCAAAAGCUUUACCCCUCUCAUUCCCACUCCGAAGUUAAAUGAUUGCAGCCGAGGCCUAUUUGCAAACAUAUCAUAGACAUCACUAUCUUUGUUGACUGAAAAGUGAAAAUAGUGUAAAAUGUCUUCACGCAUCAUAUUAGUCUGUGACAGGCCCUAACGUCGCGAAAAUAAAACAAACCAAGCGCACGACUGCACUACUAUCUUAGAGCUUCGAGGAGGCUAUAGUAUCACAUUGAUUUUAACAUCGCAUGCGGGAGUACUUAAAAUGCGUUAUCAAAUGUGUAUCAAAUGAAUAUGGUGUUUUAGAAGUGAAAUGCAAACGAAAAUGAUUCUGAGACCUCGUCCUCAUUACCAGCGUUCAUUCAAAUACCCGACGGCUCGCAUUGUAAGUUUCGGCGCUUGGCAAAAUUUAGAAUUGGCUUGUCGAAUGGGUGAUUUUGUAAAUUGAAUUAAAAUAUAUUUUUUUUCGAAAAUUUUUGCUCAAAGCCCAUUAUUACCCUGCGUACUUCAUAAUGGCAGAUUGACCUGACUGAACAGUCUCGUCUAAUGAUGAAUUCUCUAUGUAAAAACGUCUUAUGAUGUUGUUAUUUUUAUCGCUGUGGCUAUCGGUUCCGGCAGUCUUCUAUUCUCAGUAAAUUUCACAAAAUUAAAACACCCCAGCUAAUCUAAAUUAUCAUAUGUCGAUUAAGAAAAGUCAAGUACGGAAGCCGAAAAGGGACAAUCCAAAAAUAUUUUGCAAAUCCCAAAAAAUAUUUCAAAUCAAAAUAUUUUUUCAAAAUCACCGUCGAAAAGUUUGACAAAUGUAAAACACUAUUGCAAAUCCUAAGAAAAUUAGUGGAUCCAGAAAUAACUUUCUCAAUAAUCCGAAAAUAUUUCAAAUCGCAAUUUUUGUACAAAUCCGCAUGAUAUUGAAGAGUCUAGCAAAUCUAAAAAAACAUUGCAAAUCCUAAGAAACUUAUUGGAUCCUUAAAUGACUUUUUAUAAAACUCUAAAAUAGUUUACAGUCCAAGAAUCGUCAUGAAAUUCCAAAAAAUAUUUUGGAAAUCGAAAAGAAAGUUUUGGAAAUCGAAAAAGAAAGUUUUGGAAAUCGAAAAAGAAAGUUUUGGAAAUCGAAAAAGAAAGUUUUGUCGCGUGCUAUCGACAUGCCACGUUGCGUUGGCCCUGGUGAGACGUAUGAUCGACGGUGCAGCUUUCUAGCCCUUCGAAGGACGGAUGCAUCUGGAUCCAACUCUCGUAAAAUUUUCAUGACCAUGUCUCCAGGAACAGUAACAUGGUAGGUUGUUCUUAGCUUGUUCCACAUUCCACGAUAUCCAAGAAGUGAUAAAGGGCUCUCAAUUUCUCGUUUGAUUACUUCCCGAACAGUGCGUUCUGAAUGAAGGUGAUUUCUUCUUCGUAACCCAUAAUGACGUAGCCUUCUCUUCAAAGUCCUCACGUUCAUUGAAAUCCCAUGGUAUUCUGCCAGAAAAGUGAACAAUGGUCUCAUAACAAAAUCCCUUUUUAAAGUAAUGUUCUAUAGCCAAUCUCUCGCCUUCCGUGCUGUACAACACACUUUCCUGUUCACGCCUUUUUAGUGUUCCACACCAACGGCAGAAUAUUUCAUUGUUCCCAGAUUCUCUUCCACAUCUGUGACAGAACAUCGUACUAGAUGUUUCUAACCUCUUUCUCGAGAUCUUUCGUUCGCCAUUUUGGAUGCGGGAAAUGGCGGGAAAACGCCCUUAUGACGCUGGCUGACUGCUGGCACAAGUAGCACGUGACAAAACUUUUUUCUCGAUUUCCAAAAUAUUUUUUGGGAUUUCACGACGAUUCUUGGACUGUAAACUAUUUUAGAGUUUUAUACAAAAUUAUUCGCUGAUCCAGUAAGUCUCUUAGGAUUUGCCAGACUCUUCAAUAAUGAUUUGUACAAAAAUUGCGAUUUGUAAUAAUUUUUAUGGAUUUGCAAAAUAUUUUCGGACUAUUGAGAAUAGUCUCUAAUAGAGACUAUUUAUCCACUAAUUUUCUUAGGAUUUGCAAUAGUUUUUUAGAUUUGUCAAACUUUUCGACAGUGAUUUUGAACAAAAUAUUUCGAUUUGAUAUAUUUUUUGGGAUUCGCAAAAUAUUUUUGGAUUGUCCCUUUUCGGCUUCCGUAGUACGGUCAAGCGAUCCUGAAAUGCUUUAUAGAUCUCAAGUAUAGCGAUUGGUUUACGCUGGGUUCAGAAGACGAAACCAUGAUGUUUUGUGACACUUAGAACUUUUUUCAGCUCGACUGCCGGUUAAGGUUUUCAAAACACUAAAUGACCCUCAGUCCUAUAUUCUCCGUAAAUUUCACAAAUCGAAAUAAUCCAGCUAAACCAAACUAUCAUAUGUCUAUUAAGAAAAGUCAAGCAAAAUGUACUGAGAAUAUAGGACUGCCGGUCAUUUAGUGUUUUGAAAACUUUGACCGGCAGUCGAGCUGAAAAAAUUUUUUAGUGUGAAAAAACAUGGUUUCGUUUUCUGAGCCUAGCGUAAACCCGCUAGACUGACUUUUCUUAAUCGACGCAUGAUAAUUUAGAUUAGCUGGGAUUUUUCGAUUUUGUAAAAAUUUACUGAGAAUAUAGGACUGCCGGUCAUUUAGUGUUUUGAAAAAAGUCUUCUGAGCUCAGCGUAAACCAAACGCUAUACUUGAGAUCUAUAAAGCAUUUCAGGAUCGCUUGACUUCUCUUAAUCGACAUAUGAUAAUUUAGAUUAUCUGGGAUUUUUUGAUUUUGUGAAAUUUACUGAGAAUAUAAGACUGCCGGUCAUUCAGUGUUUUGAAAACCUUGACCGUUUACCGGCCAUAUAACCACAGCAUAAUUCGUUAGGCGCGUGCUUCAAUUAUCCUGAAGAUUGAAAGAAUUAUAAAUUUAUUGACUAGAGCUACGCUUUUAGUCCUGGCUGUAUCUCUAUAUUAACAAUUAUUGGGUUUACUUGUCCUCCGACCGUACAUUUCAAGUUUAUUACAAAGUGCGACAAGUGUUAUUACAGAGUGCGACAAUUUUAUUACAAAGUGCGACAAAACAUGGUUGGCAAAUAUAUUGUCUCCCUUUUAAAAUUGGUACAGUGAUAUGUUCUAUGUGCUUUUGAUAGUUUUCUCUCCGAGUGUUCAGAAGAUGUAAUUGCACGACGUACGAAAGACAAAUAAAUUAAUCAUGUUUUAAAGUAUGGGCUACUAAUGGACUAGCCAGACUUGUCAUAAGUGCAUCCGCAUGGAAAAUUUUUGGCAGAAUACCUCUGCUAUUGUAUUUCCAUUUCCCAGUAAACAUUUCUUGCUGUUCAAUCCAAAUCUCUGAGAUCCAUAAUAACUUAAAUUUCUAUUGUUGUCAAAUGCAUCCCUGCUAACGACUAAGGAUUGAAUUUUGCGUAUACGUUAGCCUGCGUAGCAAGUGUGUGCGGUUUAGGAGCAAAGAACGAGGAAUAAGUGUCAAAGACCGCGCGAAAAAUGGCGCAAGUAAAAGAACGGGGAGGGGGUGGGGAAGAAAGGAAGGAAACGCUUGCAGACAAAUCCCUCGAUUUUGAAAACCGCCCACGUGGCCUGUCAUGCCUGAGUUCACGCACCGACAUUUGAUGCUGUCAUCAGCUGUCAUAAUUGGCCAAUAAAAUGUUUGUCCUUCCGUGAAGCGGAAAUGAACUUUAAAGGCGCGUGUGUGAAAGCAAAAUAAUUUUUUUUUUUGUAUUUUGGAACUUGUGGACGGCGUUAAUGGUGAAAUCUCAAUGAAUUCGAACGAUCCAUGCAGGUCAAAGCUCAGCUAGACAGAACGGCUUACCGUUCUCGCCACGGCACAGACAACUAGAGUGCUCUUGUAAAAGGAUCUAAGAACAAAGCUGACCCGGCAACUGAUGAAGUUAGCGUGGAGAACCAAUCAGCAAUUUUGUCACAAUGCAAUUCUCUAUAGUUGAUGCAGCUUCAUUUUUUUAUCUGUAAAUCACUAAGAAUUUAACAUCCUGUAAAAAAAAGAAACACUAACGACCUGGGCCCAGCAUGACAAAACAUUGCAGGAAACCAUCGCAUUCCCUUACAAAAGAAAAUCGGUGUUAGUUAUUCAGAUCCAGGAGACACUUUGGAGAAUAAAUUAAACGACCUGAAGCCGUUAUACAGUCAAUCGUUCCCUGAAAAAAUGGGAAAAACACCGAGUUCACACAUUAUCCACUCUCCAGGAGGUGAAUAUUCUUGAAUAAUUGGUCUGGUGUAUGCAGCUAUUUCGAGAAAGGUUGUCGGGAAAAGUGCACGCAACAAUCCUGAAAGGCAUUGUGGGUGGUUUCGAGUUCUCUUUUUUUCAAAGAAAUUUGAAAGAAUUGGCACGAAAGGCCAUGGAAAUGUGUUUGCGCGUGCUAAAGGAAAGCAACAAAAGUAGGUUCGACAGCUACAGUCGUCAGGAACAGUGUAUUGAUCAUAUCCCAUAUUACCUUUCGGGAUUGUCGCGUGCAUAUUUUUUCCGACAAACUUUCCCGAAAUAGCUGUAUACUAAACGAAUGUAUCCCUCAUCAAAGAUGCAAGAUGAGGAUAUCUUUUUCAUGAGACAAAACGAUUUAGGUAUGAUUUUUAUCCGGCUCAAUAGUUUGGAGAAAUCGCGUUCCAGAAAAAAGAAAAAAGAAAAAAAGUAAAAACUCGUUACGCUGUUUCUCGUUACGCCUGUAGAAGGCCUAAAUGUAAUAAACGGUCCUAAAUUUAAUAAAGUCCGAAAUGUAAUAAAAUUUUGUCCUAAAUUUAAUAAAGUCCUAAAUGUAAUAACAAUUUGCCCUAAAUGUAAUAAACUAUUAAGCUGCCAAUUACAGUAAUUACUCGAUUAAGCCCCGCCCUCAAAUAAGCGCCGCAUUUAGGGGGGUGGGGGAGUUAAUUAGCGCCGCGGCGCUUAUUCGAGUAAAUACAUUACUAAGCGGUAUUGCUAUGGUAUUAAGCUCUGCUCUCAAAUAAGCGCCGCGGCGCUAAUUCGCGUAAAUUCGGUACAUUUCCUUAUGCACUGUGAAACUUAACGUUUACAAAUAAAUUGCUUGUAAACGGAAAAGUAACAGUAUUUUUCUAGAAAAAGCAAUAUUAAGCAAUAGAAAACUUUUUUCCUGUGUUUGAAUAGCCUGAUAUAAACACUCGAGUAGUUGGGAGAAUUCGAGACAGUUAUGCAAACCCUCGACGUCGUAGGUGAGUUUGAAUUUGCUGUGCAUUACAAUCAUUUACAUUUACCGCAAACAAAUCGGUAAAUCAUUUUGAGUACCGAUCUUGUGCGACUGUGACUUCGCCAUGAGUCAGUAUGUUGUUUUGAAGCAGCCGUUUGAUAGUGAAAUGAAUGUAAGCUGUUUUUCUAUUUUGACUGACUGGAAUCCUAAGACGUUUUAUCCAAAAAUUUAAAAGAUGCCUUUUCUAUAACAACGUUUUUAUUUGUAGAAAUCACAUAACGUUACACCUCAUGUUACAACAACACGAAACCGAAACUCCAUAGAAGGGCUACUUCCCUGCUUUAAUGACCUGAUAAGGUUGUUAAAAAAAAAGAGGUAUAUGCAAUAAGUUUUUACGACGAAGCGAUGAUCAUACUAAGUGAGUGUCCUGAUAAUACUUGAGUCAUAGGGACAAAUAAGUUAUCCCCGGUUCGCCAAAUUCUUAUAUACCGGUAUUACUUAUAAGAUCUACGAAGUAUUGUUAACUUUGUUAUAUUGCAGUUCUUGGUGCAGACAAAAUUUCCAUAUUAGUACAGCCGGCACUGCACGAUACUGUCUGUAAGUGUUACUUAAACUCGUUGAAAUCGCCCUGAUACUCCAAAAAUGCUAAGAACACAAUAUAAAUAAGACAACGAGGCAAGGUAAGAUAUUCUGAUGGAUUUUCUGGCUGUUUUGAACCCUAAAUAACGAUCGCUCAAAUCCUUAUACAAAGCCUUAUAAUAUUUCAGUUACGUAACAGCAAUUCUCACUCGUUAGCUUGGCAUACAUGUGUUUCUACGUGGUCAUCCGAGCCACGCGAAGAUCUGGCUAUUUGCAGUGAAGGGCAAAGACAGUACCUUCAAUUCUCAGAUAUUUUAAAGUGCUGAGCAUUGGUCCGGCCCAACCAAACCGACUAACCUUAGCCACGCUUGCAAAAAGUGCCAUGAUUGUUGCCCUCAAGAUUACUUCGUUAGCCUGACUGUGUAGAGGUUUAAUUCCAACAUGUCUUCCGUUUUAUUUCAGGUAAUGGCGUCUGCAGAAGUACUUGAAUGUCCAGUCUGUUGCGAACCAUUUGAAGAUCAAAAUAUUUGCCCUCGUAUUCUGAGUUGUGGUCACAGCUUUUGUACCUGCUGCCUGGAGCGUUUACUCACUGCAGAUAACAAAAUUCCCUGUCCCACAUGCAGAGAUGAAGUUAACGUACCUCAAGCCGGAGUAGCAGGGCUACCAAAGAAUUUUGCGUUGUUGAGCAUUAUUAACGAAAAUGUCAAGCACCAUCACCAAAAAGGUGAAGGCUCAUACACCUGCGAAGCUUGUGAUGAUAAACAUCCCGCGACCUUUUUCUGCUUAGACUGUAAAGAGGACAUGUGUAAGGAUGCAGCUCGCUUUCACACUCGCAACAAAGCAAGUUGUGAUCACAAAGUUGUCUCCUUGGAGACGUCACUUGUGAAUGUUUUCUGCCAGGAACAUAAAGAGCGAUUCCGUUUAUUCGACGAGGUGUGCGGUCACGUGGUUUGUAGGGGAUGCAUCAAGCUUGAUCACCAAGGUCAUGAUUGUUCAUCCUUAGCUGAGGCGGCUUCAAAGUGCCGUAAGGGAAUGCAGGAACUUGCCACUAAAGUUAACGCUCGCACCGAGGUUAUUAAAGAUGGAGAAACUCAAGUGGUGAAAGCACGUCUUUACAUGGAAAAGGCGCGUGGAGAGCAAGCUGCCGAAAUUCAUAAGUUAUUCAAGGAGGUGGGCUCCCCCUUAUUUUACAGACCCUUCCACCCAAACAUAGCAAAAAAGAUUCAAACGUUCCUCGCGUACUUUAGUAUUCUCAUAGAAGACUCUAUAGAGCUGUAAAGUGGCGUUACUCUAUAUAAUGACCUCGUUUUUUUUUUUUAAAAGUAAGUAAUCAAUUGAGUGUAAUGACUAAAUUUGCCACGCUUCUUUCUACUAAUACUAUGUUACGCCUGUGCCAGGCGUUUUUACUACCCCAUUUAUUCACUGGUCUGUGAGAUGGUACCUCUGUAAAAGAAAUCAUUGCAAUUUACUUAAAAGAGCGGGGACAACAAACUUACCCGACCAACGAAGCCGGGUGUUGCGUGACUCGCUAUAACGUCAACGUUUUCGAGAAAUCUUUUGGUUUUCUCUUUUCCUUUACCUGUCCACACACUGAUAGACAUAAAUGAGGGCGUUUUUGAAAACGCGUUUUGAUAUUUUUUGGUUUUUACCUAAGGGCACAACGAGUCAAAAUGUAUGAGUUUUCAAACCGGAGGACGCAUUUCUUUUCAACCUUUUCAACCGGCGGGGUAGGGGGGUACUUAAUAUAAAAGUUCAUACGGGGAGGCUCCGCCCAGUAGUAAAAAAAGGUAUCUGUUUUGUAUACCUUUCAUUGUCAAAUGGUACCCCUUUCACAUGCCUCGUUUGUAAAUGCAGCGUAUUUUGAAUAUGAAUAAAUCACUACACAAGGAUGUUUUCUUGUCUUUGUUACAGCAUACAAUGCAUCUGUUAGCCCUUCUAGGUCUUUUCACAGACUGCAAUGAGAGAUUUUCCUACCCUUUUAUAUACUUCAACAAGGAAUCAUAGAAGGACUAUUAUGGCUCUUGACUUCAACUAGUGAAACCGCUAUCCUUUCAUAUACCUGAAGCCUGAGAAAAGUACUCCUUUCGGGCGGAACCUUCCCGUAUAGGCCAUCAUAGGAAGUAACCCGGGCGAUUCUAUAAGAUUAAAGCAACAACUUAACUUACUCACAGUCUGUACGCGGACAAAUUCUGUCGUUUUUCUCGCUCCUUGUUCUAUGCCGCCCACAAAAUAUUGCAAAUUAUGCAAAUCAAUAUACCUUCAAAUACCAGUUUUCAAAACGUAAGAUUUCCUUAUAUUAGCUGUUUUGAUCCACGGUUUAGAUAAUUUCAAAGACACUUUGUAUGGUAUGCUUUAUAGAUUUAUGCUGAAAUCACUACCAAAGAGCAAACUCUGACGAAAGAGCUGGAACAGUUAUACAAUAACAAGGCAGCCAUCCUCGCAGAGCAGCAAGACCGCUUGUGCAAAUUUCAAGAAAGCAUAGCGAGUACUGUUCAGAGUGUUUUAUCCCGCAUCCGAUCCUUUGAUGAUGCUGAGCUUCUGGUUGCCAGGUCCGCUUUAGAGUCGACACUCAGGGACAGAGAAAAUCAGCCAAUGCCGCUUGAGCCACAGGUCCAUUUUGUCCCGAAGCUUAUCUUUGAUCACAAGAGACUGCAGGACCUAGUGGACGCGCUCAGUAACAAGGUUAGCGUCAUUGACGAUUCAACCUGUGCAGAAAAUACAAUUGCAAAGGGCAUGGGCAUGAUGGGCAUGAUGGGCAUGGAAUAUUGUUGUGUAGUCUGUGGAGGUGGGUGGUCCUUUAAUAUUGUUGCUCAUGACCCCCAAAACCGUCGGCGGUCUCUGGGUGGCGACUUGUUUACGGUGGAGCUUAAAGACGAGUUUGGUAACGAGAAGGCCACAGGAAAUGUAACGGACUGUGGUGAUGGUAGUUAUUGGGCUUUUUGCAGAGUCCCUGAAGAUGCGGAGCCAGGAGACUACAUGUUGAACGUGUGCUUACGUGGUGUUCACAUUCAUGGCAGUCCUUUUGUGAUACAUGUUUGGCGUCGUAAAUCAAUUACACAGAAACUGGGCCAGUUAUACAGCAGAAUUUAUGGAGCUGAGCAGCUGGAACAUAAUUAG